AUGGCCAAUUUAGAUGCCUACCUGCGGCAGCCCUGGCGCACAGUGCACGGCAUCCCCAUGGUCAGCGCCUUCACCCAGGGCUGGGAGCGGGUCGAUGCCUUCCAGAGCCGCCCUGACGACAUCGUGGUGGUCACCUUCCCCAAAUCCGGCACCACCUGGGUCAGCGAAAUCGUGGACAUGAUCCUGAAAGGUGGAGACCUCGAAAAAUGCAAGCAGGAUGCCAUCAUCAACAGAGUGCCCAUGCUGGAGUUUGCUGCCCCUGGGAAGCUGCCGGCAGGCACGGAUCAGCUGGAGGCCAUGGCGUCCCCUCGCAUCAUCAAGACCCACAUCCCAGCUCACAUCUUGCCCAAAUCCUUCUGGGAAAACCGCUGCAAGAUGAUCUAUGUGGGGCGCAAUGCCAAGGACGUGGCUGUCUCCUUCUACCACUUUGAC